UUAAAAAGCUGAAACUUUGCCACUAUAUCAUAAAAUAAACAGUAAAGCAAUUUUGUCUUACAACUUUGUAAUUAUUAUAAUUUGAAAAUUCAAUAUUGUAGCCUUUUUCCUUUUUUACUAUAGAAAGAUCAAACGGAAUGCCACUUAUAAACGUUGUCAAAAUCAUUUGUAAAUAUUCUCAAAACUUGACACGUUUUUUUCUUUUUUAUUAUCUCAGACAUCAUGACCCAUUUAUAUUCAUUAUUUAGAGUCUUGCACUUAUGAACGAAGCCUUUUAUUUUAAGCCUUAAAAAGAGUUUUAGCUUUUGCAAAAGAUAAAUAGCCUAUAGCGAUAAGAAUUAGCCUAUAAAUCCUGACCGUUUCUAGUCUGUCUGCUGAACCCUUCAACAUCCAACAGAAAUUAGCAAAGCAAUCUAUUUCAGUGACAAACUUUCUCAAAACAUUAUAAAAUGACUAAUUUGUCAGUUUUGCCUGUUUAUAGGCCUACUUUUUUUUGUUGUUGUUGUUGUUUAUUUGGUUUAUCAGGCGAUGCUGCCUCACAAUAAUUUUGUAAAUCCUAUUCUAUAUAUAAUCUGACAUUGCUGACGACAUACAUGCGUGCUGUAUGGUUCCAGAUGUCCUUUUCUAUUACAGACAUUUUCAUAAUUUCCUUUAUUUUACCAUGUAGACAUGCACGCAAAAAAAAAAAAAAAAAAAGAUUCCUAAAGUCGUUUAUAAUAGACCUUGCACAAAAAAAAAAAAAAAAAUUUUAGUAUCAACGAUUAUUAUUAUUAUUGCUAUUAUUACUUAAAUUGAGUGGCCUACAUUUAAUUCGAAAUUUAAUUUCGAAGUGAUCUCAUUUUAUUUGCUAAUUUUGGUUAAAUGUCUGAUUAACACAUAAUUGUAAGCAAAAUGUGAUGUGAAUGAAAUGACAUGAUGCAUAAAAAACAGGGAGAGCAGCAUCCUGUAUCCUCUGGAAUUCUAAAUCACUUACUCGCCGCUGAUUGGCUGUUGAGUUUUGACCCUUGUUGGGAUGGACCUGUUGGAUAAAAGGAGAAUUUCUAGAGGGAUCAUGCGUAUUGCGCCGUGGAUGCCUGUGCACAAGGGACCGACUCGUAUGUGAAGAAGGGAAUAGUCUCAGAGGCACCAUGACAGGAAAGGAUGGGGCUGUUUUGUCGGAAAGUUUGAACAAAUCAAAAUCAGCGUGUGCCGCUGAGAACGGGAGAAAUAACAAUCCACAUCUGUCAAAGAGCAGCAGCACACAUCCGCCCAAAUGCACGGGCUUCGGCAUCCAGGAGAUUCUGGGACUAAAUAAGGAGCCGUCCUCGGCUCCGCGGAGCACACUGGACUCGUUCCCUGCCGGGGCGCACCUUCUAGCCAGCAGGUCGAUGCUCGGUCCAGCUGGUGUUGGUGUUGGUGUUGGGGUCGGGAUGGGAUUAAUUGGCCCUGGAGGUAUUCCAUCGUUCUACAGCCAGCCGGCGUUUCUUGAGGUGCUGUCAGACGCGCAGAACGUCCAUCUGCAGCCGCUCAACAGGACAGUGGGACCGCUGGAAACGAACCAGUCCGCCAGCUCAGAUUCAGAGGACGUCUCUUCAAGUGAAAGGAAAGUAUCAAAAUCUUCACUGAGCCAGAGCAAGAAGAGAAAAAAGAGACGACACAGAACAAUAUUUACAUCUUACCAGCUGGAAGAACUGGAGAAGGCAUUUAACGAGGCUCAUUAUCCGGAUGUGUACGCCAGAGAAAUGCUGGCCAUGAAAACCGAGCUGCCCGAGGACAGGAUACAGGUUUGGUUCCAAAAUCGGAGGGCCAAGUGGAGAAAGCGGGAGAAGUGCUGGGGUCGUAGCAGCGUGAUGGCUGAAUACGGGCUCUACGGUGCCAUGGUGCGUCACUCCAUCCCUCUGCCUGAGUCCAUACUGAAGUCUGCUAAAGAUGGCGUCAUGGACUCCUGUGCUCCCUGGCUUCUAGUUCAAGAUGGUUUUCCUACCACCAGCUGCUUUUCUAAACACGAAUACCCACCAUUCUUUGCAGGGAUGCACAAGAAGUCCUUGGAGACUGCUGCAGUCCAAUCAAAUGAGAAGACAGAUGUCACUCAGAAACCGACCAAUCCCAAGCCGGAUGAAGCCGCCGAGGCUGAGGAAAGGAGGACAGAGUCACCCAUGUCCAAAGAGGAACUGAGGGAGAACAGUAUUGCUGCUCUCAGGGCAAAAGCACAGGAGCACAGUGCCAAAGUGCUGGGAACGGUUUCCUCCGAGAGACUAGAGCACAAAAUGGAGACGUCGGUGACAGAGGAGAAGUCCAGUGAACAGUUAGACACAAAAGAAGAGGAAAAGAGUUCUUAGAUUAUGCACUGUAAUUCAUCCUUCAUAAUGCCAGAAAACAUAGGCUUGGUGUGAAAAUAUCUGGGCUUUUUUUUUAUCUUCCUCAUAUUCCUGCACUGAUCCCAUGACAGCACUGGACUUUUGAUUGAUUCUCAAUGUUCCUCUGCAUUUUAUUUCACAUUAGCAAGGUCAAAACCAUUUAGAAAUUUUCAGUAUUUCGAUAGAAGCAUCAGUCCAUCAUGCCAGUGAUUAAUAGCUUUUUUCUUUCUUUCUAAUAAAGGCCUACAAAAAUUCCAGCCAUAAAAAUUCUAUGAAUAAGUAUAGGGACCCUUCAUCAUGUUGGCAGCCUCCUCAGUGCUGUUUUGCAAAAUAGCUCAAUUGAAUAAAUCCAUAAAUGUUUGGAUAUUUAUGAUCUAAUUUCAGUAUUAAGUAAUAUUGUCACCAGAAAAUUAUUGGUCAAGAACUCCAACUGAGCUUUGAAAGAACCGAAUUUAAGUGCUUUUCAUUUUAAUUUUGUACAGUACCCCUUCUUUAAAGUUUCAGUGGUAAAAAGUUGUAAUAGAGUGUAUUGCUGUAUAUAUUGUAAAUUAAAAUAGCCUGCUACAGUAUUGUUUGAACUAUACAUUAAUGUACUGUAGUCUUAUGUGCUUUUUUUCGUAACGUAAAAUGUAAUACAAAUUAUUAAAAAAAAAAAGAGAUGAACAAUACUAACCUGUUUUACAUCAGGUGUGUUUUAAUUAAAUCAGAAGUGAAGGAGAACAUAGAAUGCAUCGGUUUGUUUAAGGUAUGAUUUUAUAGCAUAUAGACACAUAGAGCUGUUGGGUGUCCC